CCAGCCGCAUUCUUUCUCCUUGCGAGCUCCAGCAGGGAUGAACCAGCUGGCAAGGCUCCGGCCCGUUCUCCUGUCCAAGCACCCCCAGCUCGGCAGGAGAGAGAGCGAGGGAGUCCGUCCACCGCCAGCCUCUGCCCGGAGUGCCAGGAAGGGAUGGCCACGCUGCGCCCCCGGCCCACCAAAGCCAAGCCCGCUCCACCCCCCCAUUACUACGAGGGCUUCUUGGAGAAGAAGAAUCCGUGGGACCAGGAUUUUAAGAAAUACUGGGCUGGUCUGUGGGGCUCUACUCUGUAUUUCUACAACACCAGCAGAGAAAAUCAGUAUAUUGAGAAAAUUGAUCUGACUAACUUGGUCUCCCUGGCUGAUGACAACUGUCCAGGAACUGUGGCUUCCAGGUCUACAGACCAGCCAGGCUUGACUCUGAAGAUGAAGAACCAAGAAGUGAAGUUAAGGAUGGAAAGCCUGGAACAUCUGGAAAUGUGGAAAGGUUUUAUACUCACAAUGGUUGAGUUGAAGGUCCCGUCCUCUCUGGCUUUGCUGCCCGGACACUUCUACAGGCUGUCUGAAGCCCUGGAGAUGGAGAAAGAGAGGCGGUCCAAGCUGGGCGUGACCGUUGAAAGGGAAGAGAAACUGCCCAGCUGCUUCUUCGGGGUCUCCAGGGUGGAGGCGGUGGCCCUUCUGGAGCAGAAUGAAAGCUACGGCAACAUGUUGCUACGUCCCGGAAGAGACGGCAAAAGUUUCUCGCUGACCACUCGGCAGAAUGUGGAUGGAACCGUGAGUAUCAAGCACUAUAAAAUCAACCCUGUUGGUGGAGGAUACAUCAUUGUUAUGGAAAAGCCGAAUUACUGCUCCUCGCUCAUGGCCGUGCUGGACUUCUUCAUCACCAAGACCAAUGGAAUCCUCGUGCCGCUGAGCACUGAGAUGAUCUACGCCAUGGCUCUGGAGGUCAUGGAGACGGAUCAAGAAAGCGAAAGGAGCAUCUCGGUGCCUGAUGCCCCCCAACCACCUUCUAAAGGUGAUCUCAUGGAAAAAAAGAGUGACUUCUCCCCAAAUUGUCGACCAUCCCCUCUUCCUCCUCUUCCACCAAUCGUGCCCAUCCCGCCUCCACGCCAGGCAUCAGCACCCCUACCUGUGAAUGUGUACGAGAAGGAAGAUCCUCCACAGAAGACGUAUAUGAACGAAGAACGAGGAGCGUGGGGUCAGGCUGGUGGCCAGGAAGCCAGGCGGGAUGUUCCUUUACCCCUCAAGCCACCAAAGAAGCCGCCGAAGUCAGGCAGCCUCCCGCAUAGUAAAUCUGCCCCCAAGCCUGGUGUGCAAUCGGCCACCGAGGAGCCUCCGUUAUCCAGAAGCCUCACCGGCGAGAUGACCAAGGAGCUGAAGCUCAAACUGCAGGAGCGGAGAGCCAGGUUAGGCAACUGAAAAGGUGGUGCCCGCCUUUAGCAGAGGAUCAGCACGGAGACGAGGGAGGGCGGAACGAGCUGAACUCCCAGCAAAUCCGCCUCUGGAUCUCUCGGCCAGCCUCUCUGAUUGCUCUCUUCGGCCAACCGGCUCUCCUGUUCCUGGGGAGGGGAAUCUUCUGGGGUCCGAUCAGAAAGCCCGCCUCGACCUGCCCUUGAGACCCUCUUUCUUAGCCACUGGCUGAGCUGCCGUGAUGUCACAGCAGGUGCCCACCCUGCAGGAAAAGGGGGCAGUUAAGAGGCGGGUGGAAGGGGAUCUGGGGAGAGUUACAAACAGUAGCAUGAAGAACCAGUCGAUCAGUCCUGGAUCCUGUAAAGACUAAGUCCUGCACUCCUCAGGAGAGGAACCGCAAGAAGAACGUCACAUGAUGGGCCAGGUUCAUCAGACAGAUAAUGGAGUCGAAAAAAGCCAGCUUUGGAGGAAGUAGGAGGAAGGAAGGGUGAGGAUCAGUGGAUGUACAGGGUCAAGGAGAUCACUGGAAUGUUUCUGGAUGGAUAAGCUACACGUUAUGCCUAUAAAGCUGCCAAAUAAAGCCUUUGUCCACACAGUCGCCACCCCAACUCCACGGCAUCUCACGGCGCACAAGAAGCUUUCUGCGAAUUUGAAGGGGAAAUAAUCUCACGUGAAGCGGUCUUGUGUGAUGUGCACCCAGAAGAAAGGCAAGCGACAAGGCUAACGGGAGUCAGUAGACCAGGGACCUAAAAAGCGGCCAAUGUGGGACUGAUUUACCCCCCAACUGUGAUUGCACCCAACCUGCCUCAAAUUUGUAGUUGCAAGCCUCUAAGUUUACAUAUGGAAAUGGGGUCCUUUGCAGCCUAUUCCAGCACAGGUUUACUCAGAAGUAAAUCCCAGAGGGUGCGAGGGAGCUGGUUGGGUUGUACACCUUUCUUUCGUCUUCUUCUUAACAUCUGGAAUUUAGUCAAGGGCUGGAAGAUUCCAGGGUGAUGGUGGACUCAUCCGAACAGUCGGGCAAGAAUGCCUAGAAUGUAAACAGGCACCCGUCGUCCACAAAUAGCGACAGGUAACGAUAAAGGGGAAUCCGAGUCUCCUUUUCAGAGAGGUGGUGCAACAGGAGAGCUUGGAGGGUUUAGGAGCUGACUGGGUAUAAAUCCAGAAGAACCACCCCUCCCUUCUUGGCCAGGCUCUGUUGACUAUCAUAGAUGGCUAUUGCUUCCUGGAAUGCAAUAAAGAAAUUUUUUUUAGUGCA